AUGAUUGAUACUGGUGUAUAUGUCUCGAAAUCAGAUAAAUUGAUUCGAGUGUCCUCUAUGAAUGGAAGUAUGGUCAUUGAUACCCCAACCAAUGGUUCAUUGACUACUUUGCUAGUCACAGUUAAGAACAAGUAUCCUCUUCCUAGAAUUGAUGACCUUGUGGAUCAGUUGGUAGGUGCUUAUGUUUUUAGUAAGAUUGAUCUGAGAUCAGGAUAUCAUCAGAUUCGAGUGAAGGCUGAAGAUAUUUUGAAGACUGCUUUUAGAAACCGGUAUGGUCACUAUGUCAGGUGGUGUGAUAAUGCAGAAUUGUCAAGUUAUGGCUUAUUCUUCAAGACAACUGAAGUUUUCAAUGAUCAUAAAGGUUUGAAAUACAUGUUUGAUCAGAAAGAGUUGAACAUGACACAAAGAAGGUGGCUUGAGUUCUUGAAAGACUACGACUUCGAGUUGAGUUACCAUCUGGGUAAAGUAAUGAUGGUGGCAGAUGCUUUGAGUAUAAAGUCUUUACAUAUGUCGACAUUGAUGGUUAGAGAGAUGGACUUGAUUGAGAAAUUAUGA